UGUAGCGUGUGUAAUUAGUUUGAACCGUCAGUCACCCUUUGAAAAGAAAAAUGAAGCUGUUCGUUGCAUUGUCCGCCGUGUUGGCCGUGGCCGCCGCCGUUGGAGACUACCACGCCGUGGAGCACAAGCACAUCCCGAUCGUCCACAGCGAGCUGCUGCAGAGCAACGAUGGCCAGUUCAAGUACGGAUACGAAUCGGCCAACGGAAUCGUGGUGCAGGAGGAAGGACACGUCAAGAACCUGGGCAGCAAGGACCAAGAGACGAAUGUGGCCCACGGAUCGUACUCGUACGUCGACCCCCAUGGUGUUCCAGUGUCGGUGAGCUACACCGCCGAUGAGAACGGCUUCCACGCUCACGGAUCGCACAUCCCAACCCCGCCCCCACUACCGAUCGAGCUGGUCGAAGCCUACGCCAAGGUUGGAUCCCACCCGGAAGCCCAUCACGAGGAACCCGAAGUGUACAAGGGUCACUAA